AUGCCUGGCCCAGAGAUACAAUUUUUGACUGUCAACCAUGACAAAUAUAUCCCGUUUUCUGACGACCUGGGGAAAGGUUCCCACCGCCAUAGCAAACCGUCACUGGCCUCGUCCAGCCAGCCUCGCUCGAAGCCGGGCCACCCGUUUGAUCUUUGUUCAAUUCUGGACCAAUUGCCUCCCAACACUGGCCCACCAGGGACGGUUUCUGUGAACGGCAGCCUGGGCUCGGGUGCUAACUCAAAUAAGAACUUGAGCCAUGUUCCGUGUAAAUUUUUUCGCCAGGGGAAUUGUCAGGCGGGAAACUCGUGCCCAUUUAGCCACAAUUUGGAUGGCUCGCUUGCGGCAGAUAAGUUACCGUGCAAAUACUUUCAGAAGGGUAAUUGCAAAUUCGGUUUGAAAUGUGCCUUGGCUCAUUUUUUGCCAGACGGAACAAGGGUGAAUUCUAAAUCGUUGCGGCGUCAGGAGAAGAAAUACGGAGCAAUAGCCUCUGAAUUGGCUUCUGAACAGAACUCCAGCUCUGAAUCUUCCUCGCCACACCACCAAAAGACAAGAGCUGUGUCCCAGGCUUCGACAGCCAGUGCUGGCACUGGUACACCUAGCAACGGACAUGUCAGCAGCCACAUUGGAGCGACUCCUUUAAGACAAUAUGGGCCUUCGCCAACAGACAGAAUACCAUCACGGCCUAAAUUAGAAUCAAGCCAGCUGAAUACGGUUGAGCUUGGAAGUUUUGAUAACGGAAGAUCGUACCUUAGCGACCCUCUUGAUAUUAGAAAGAGUUCGUUUGGUGAACAUGAUAACUCUCAUGCCAACGCUGCUUUCCGGAACUCUUUACUGCACUCGUCGUCACUGACGCUUCAGCUGGCUUACUAUAACGCCAGAACAAAACCUAUCACUUUGACCAGCCCCACAGCUAACUACCAGUCGUUGCAUGACUGGCUGGUUCCAGGAAGCGCUACCACGACGAAUCCGUUUACUACCAGCAACCAAAAUGGAUUUGGGUCUAGGUUGAGAUCGUUUUCUUCAACCUCACCAACCAACUUGGUUUCGCUGCCCAACUCUAUUGACUUUUCCUCCAACUUACUCGGCAGCCAGCGUACUGAACUGCCACAAGACCACUUUGAUUUCCAGCACAGACUCGGACUGUUGAGCAGAUCCAGUAAUGCGUUUCUUACUUCACCUUCCCAGAAUAACAUCAGGCUUACCGAUGAGGUAGCUAUUCUGGAUGGUUCUCACGGGGAAGAUGCAAUUGAAGAUGACGAGAAUGCUUUCUUUGAAGACUAUGUCCCGGCAUCGCUUGGGAACUUGAUUUUGACACCACAGGAACUCCAGAGAAGAGAUUCAAGAUCUCAAUCAGGAACAUUAUGGGUGAGACCGAAUAUUGAGCGGUCGCCCUCGGAUAUUAAAAAGAACUAUGGCGUGGGAAACGACAACGAUGUGUUUUUGAUGGAGUAA